AUGGGACCGUUACGCAAAAAGUCCAAACCAAAUCCAUCCAAUGUGGCCGAGCCAGCCCCAGAGCCCGAGCCCGAGCCAGACUCCACGGGCACAAAUGAUCAACUCGCCGGGAAUCUCCUCAUGACACCAUCCAAAGCCCCAGCAACGGUUGAGAGCUCCAGAAAUGUCAAAGAUGCCCAAACCGAAGAUGGCCCCACUCCUUUGAAGGGAGUCAAAGAGAGCUCUGUUAAGCAGGUCAAACCAAAAAGCAGUUGGUAUGGCACAUGGCCUCGAAAGAGUAUGGCUUCUACACAGCUUGCUAGGGAGACCAUUCUAGCAGACAAAUCAAGGAAUGGCUCCUCUUCGAACGACCUGAAUCAAUUCGAGCCGAAAAGGCCUCAAGCCCUGAGCGCCAGCAGACCACCUUCUAUGUACCUUGGAAAAAGUAAAGAGACAUUGGAUGUUACUAUGGGUGGGACACUCGAUAGCACUGGUCCUCUCAACAAGGAGCCCCCGAAGCUGGACACUUCUUUAUCUGUUGCCACCGAUGGAACGUCUGGAUCAAAGACGCCCGAAGAUAUACCUGCUAAGCCAGCAUCUGAGAUCACAAUGGAAAUGAGCUCUGAGAGACCUAUAACGUCUUCCGGUUGGCUUGGCGGUUGGCUCAGCAGACCAGCCUUGCAAAAUCAAGACCUACCGCAGAACAAUCCAGAAAGUCCAAAGGCCCCAUCUACGGAGGAACCACAGGAACUCCCUCCUCCUAAUGUACAGGAGGCUGAAGAUACUCAACCAGACCCAAAUGUAACGGGAUCGUCAUGGUUUGGAUUGUGGUCAGCAGCAGCGCCGUCAACUGCCGUAGAUACAACCGAGACACAACUACCUGUUGUCACAUCAAAAGAGGACGGAGAUACAGUUAUGGAAGAUGUGCCAACCCCAAAGCUCGACUCUGAGCCGGCUACUGGGUCCUCAUGGGCUUUUUGGUCGACUGACACGGCUAAAAAGUCUGCAAAUACUUCAGAGGACACCCCAAGUUCGGGUGAGCUAGCGGUUGCUGGAGAAUCAUCUCAGAAUCAUCCCGAACCCGCAAAGGCUGUCACGGUGAAAGAAACUAAGAAAACUAAGAAAGAGAGUAAAAGGGACCGGCCACAGUCCCUCGAAGUGGAGGACUCUUCCCGAAAACUGGCCAAUCAAGAGUCUGUAAAGGGAACAUCUUUGCAAAGCCCUGCUCCAAUGAAGAUUUCUCCACCGAAUCUAUUACUUCCAUCAGUAGCGCAAACAUACCGACUAGUUGAAAACCCAUCGAUUCUGCAACAACUAGCAAGACUUCUGCUUCGUAGUCACCAACCACCUAUGAAACAUGUCUUUUUGACAAAGGAUCCUCCGAAGAUUAAGAAGGCUCUCGCAAUUGGCGUCCAUGGCCUUUUUCCCGCUCCUCUUUUACGCAAGGUGAUUGGGGAACCUACCGGAACCUCUAUUCGAUUCGCAAACCAUGCAGCAGAAGCUAUAAGGCGAUGGACCGAUUCCCAUGGCUCUAUUGAUUGUGAGAUAGAAAAAGUUGCUCUUGAAGGCGAGGGGAAGAUCGCAGAGCGCGUAGACAAUCUUUGGAAACUUCUCCUGAAUUGGAUUGAUCAUAUUCGCAAAGCCGACUUUGUCCUUCUCGCAUGCCAUUCUCAAGGCGUGCCAGUUGCCAUAAUGCUAGUGGCUAAGCUGAUAGAAUUUGGCGUUGUCACAUCUGCUCGCAUAGGGGUCUGUUCGAUGGCAAGUGUUUCUCUCGGACCAUUCUCGGAUUACAAGUCUAGGUUAUUCGGGGAGUCUACCACUGAACUGUUCGAAUUUGCAAACGCUGAAAGCACUGUUUCGAAACGGUAUGAGGACUCUUUACGUAUUUGUUUGCAGUACGGAGUCAGAAUUACAUAUUGCGGCUCUAUCGAUGAUCAACUAGUCUCUUUGGAGUCCUCUACAUUCUCAAGAGCUAGUCAUCCAUACAUCUUUCGGACUGUUUUCGUUGACGGUCGAUUACAUGCUCCGGAUUUCAUCUCCCAUCUCGUAGGCUUUGCUCUCAAGCUGCGCAACCUCGGGGUGUCUGAUCACGGCCUCAUCCGCGAACUCUCAGCGCCACUUGCUGGCAGUCUAGUUGGUGGAGAAGGUCACUCUCGUUUGUAUGACGACCAGAGAGUUUAUGACCUUUCGAUUGAAUACGCUCUGGAAACGACUUCUGUUGGUGAUGUUCCAUUGGAAAUAAAGAAGUCCGAGGGCCACAACAGUUCUAAUCCAUAUGUCCUCCCAUGGAUCAUGCGAGGUCUCUUGGAAGAGGACUUUGUCAAGACCGAGCUUAGCUCUGAAACAACCGAGCUUUUGAAGCAAUUUGAUGAUUGGAAACCGGCUACUAAAGUGCUGAAAGAUGUCAAAUACCGACUGGAAGCUGUUAGGUCGAAGCUUUGA